AUGAACGGAGAAGGAAACAAGAUCUACUUUAACAAAAGAAGAGAAGUUCCCUCCGACCUUCAUUUACAAUACUGGAUUCUGAAUGAUAAAGGAAGGUUUUCUACUUGGACGGUUUCCAUUAUGGAAGGCCCAGACUAUGUGCCGGAAGGAAUUCCAAAUAUGCGUAAUCCCAACAUGUGGAAAACCGGCAAAAUCCCGGUAUCUCGAUGUUCAUAUCCCUGUUUACCCGGCAGCAGAAAAAAGUUUGGAUCUUCAAUUCAUAAAUGCUGCUAUGAGUGUGUCUCGUGUCCAGAAGGAGAGAUCUCCAACAUUUCCGACAGUGAAAACUGCAUGAAAUGUCCUGAUGAUGAAUGGCCAAAUGAGAAGAAGGAUCGGUGUGUUCCAAGAGUGGUGGAAUUUCUCUCCUACACUGAUGAUCCCAUUGUUGGAGUAUUUUCAGCUGUGUCCAUCCUCUCUUGUCUUCUGGCUGGUUUAAUAUUGGGGAUAUUUAUACAUUACCAGGACACCCCCAUUGUUAAAGCCAAUAACCGGGACCUGAGCUAUCUUCUCCUGGUCUCCAUCAUGCUGAGCUUCCUCUGUGUCUUCUUGUUCCUCGGCCAUCCAGUAGAUGUGACCUGCAUGCUGCGUGUCACCUCUUUUGGUGUCAUCUUCUCAGUUGCCGUCUCUUCUCUACUUGCCAAAAGUAUCAUGGUGUGUAUUGCUUUCAAAGCCACCAAACCUGGGAGUCCCUGGAGGAAAUGGAUGGGAGCCAAACUGCCCAAUUUCAUCAUUUGUGUCUUCUCAUUGGUUCAAGUCAUAAUCUGUGUCACUUGGUUGUCUAUUUCUCCCCCCUUCCAGGAUCGGGACACUCACUCUUAUCAGGAAAAGAUCAUCAUUCAGUGUAAUGAGGGUUCAGUUAUCGGCUUCUACUCUGUCCUGGGAUAUAUGGGGCUUCUGGCAAUUGUGAGCUUCAUUAUCGCUUUUUUAGCCAGGACAUUACCGGACAGUUUUAAUGAGGCCAAGUACAUCACCUUCAGCAUGCUGGUGUUCUGCAGUGUCUGGAUUGCCAUGAUCCCGGCCUAUCUGAGCACCAGAGGGAAAUACAUGGUGGCUGUGGAGGUUUUUGCUAUAAUGGCCUCAAAUUCUGGACUUCUUGGCUGUAUAUUUUUCCCCAAAUGUUACAUAAUUCUGUUCAGACCUGACCUGAAUAUAAAAACAGUUAUCCACUAAUAUGUAUGGGAAAACAAUGGGUUACCAGUAGUUAUAGCAUUAUCUCUAUUAUUGUUCAUUUUAGUAUUCGGUUAGUGUAUUGAGAAUGAACACUGUUAUAUAUAAACAUUUAAUAAUUACCUCUCCUUUGGAUGAUGAUUCAAAUUUUUGCUCUGGACACCGCUGGUAUCAGACACUUUGGGUUUGUUGGAAAUCUUGUCCCCCGCUGGGUGUAGUGGUUCCUCCCACCAGCCGUUACAUCACAACAGAACAAUGUAGUCACUUAGUGAGGAGGAACCACAGUGACCAGAGGAGGACAAAGUAUCCAAAUCAUCCUAAAGUGUCUGAUACCAGAGACACCAUCACUCUUCCAGAGAGGGAAGAUUUCACUCACCACCUUCCCGGAAGAGAAAUAUUAAACAUGUACAAGCUGAUUGUAAGGUAUUUUUAGUGUCAGGGUCACUUUAUUAUAUU